AUGACAUCUACUAUAGCGCCUUCGCCUGAAUGGCAGAAGCGCGCAGAAAGCAUCACGACAUUGGCCAUGUCGAGCCUUUUCACUCCCCCCGCCUCAUGCUCGAAAUCGUGGACAUAUGAACCGCAACAGGCGAACAAUGUCCCAAGCGGCCUCCUGCUCCAAAACGCCGCCCCGAGUGACGGCGCUGAUCCGGACUGUUUUCCUUCUGGAUACAGUAAGUUUGAAAGAACAGAACCAACUAUAAUUUAUAGCCCGGGCUAUUGUCCAGUCGGAUACACUUCGGCAACCCUAGCUAUUCGCGGCCCAGUAACCAGUGCUGUAUGCUGUCUCUCUGACUACAAAUAUUAUACGGAAGUCAGAGCUGAUGACCAAACGUUCGCCGGAUGCACGAGUCUAUUUGCCAGCGACGCAUCUACCAUUGUCACCGUUCGCCAAGUCUCCCAGGAGAGUACGCAGGUAGUAGGGCCGAUUACCAUGUGGGCACAGCCAAUUCAAGUCCAACUGGAAGCGACGGACAGCAGCCUAUUCGUUACCUCGACGACAACGACAAAUACACAUUCCAGCGCGACAGUGACACCAUCAUCGACAACGAAGAGCGCGACAACGACCAGCGCGACACCGUCCUCCACAGACACAGGUGCCAAGACUGAAUCAAGCGGUCUAUCUACUGGAGCAAGUAUUGGCAUUGGUGUCGGCGUCGGCAUGGCAUCACUCAUUUUAGUGGCCGCGCUCGCAUUUUGGCUCUUUCGACGUCACCAAUCAAAGAAAAAGCUUGGUGUACCAGAGACAAGCCCGUUAUACGGAUCAUCCGGACGCCCAGAAGCAAGCGAGCUCGGUGGAUCAUCAGCCGACGCGGCCACGUCUUAUCAACGAUCCGGAAACACAGCGGCAAGCGAGGUCGGUGGAAGCUCGGUGGCUGGAACUGAUAGCAUCCUGGCAAACUCGCGAUCGACCCGUUUCUCGGAACUUGAUGGAACGAGUCGAGGUCAAAAGUUUGUGCAUGAACUUGACGCAUAG